AUGCAUCGUGUACAAGUCUAUAUUGUGCUGUUAAUUUUGGUUUCAUUUUUGGUAGCUGCACUUAGAUAUGCCUGGUGCCUGCAGUUUCCACCGCGGUCGGGAGUUGUAAACACAGGGCAUACAGAAAUAGCACAACGGAUAAAGAAGACCCCACGGCCGCGGCGGCGGCCUGGGCCGAGCCCCACCCCAGGGGAACUGGCGGCCCAGCCCGGCCGGUCGCGCAAGCGCCCCACACCCACUCCCGCCCUGCAGAGGCUGCACGCCCAGGUUGCGCGCGCCGCGCUCCCGGGCCGCCCCCUUCGCGGAGGCGGCCGACCCAACCCUCUCCCCCCAUUGGCGGACGUGGUGGGGCUGGAGCGCGCGCGCGCGCGUAUACGCCCGGAUGAGCCGCGGCUUCCGGCGCGCUCCCCUCGAGCAGCAGGGGGCGCGCAUCGGGCGUACCUCGGCUGGUUCGGCUCCUUCUGGGGCCUCUGCGGCCCUGUGUGGCUGGAAGGAAAAUGGAGCAAGAGCCCGAGCCCCAGCGGCAGCCCUAACCCCUCUGACCGAGGUCCUGCCGCUUUCGCCGCCGGGAGCUUCCUUCUUCUCCCGACCUGGUGCGUUCGAGCGCCCCAGUGGCCUGGGCCCUGCGAGUGGAAUGGUCGCCGAGGCCCAGGGCGUCGGGGUUCUGCGCGCCCAGUGAAGGGAACUGGGGGGUCUCGAGGGUCUCCGCUCCCCCCAACUCCAGGCGCGGACAACCCCGCUUGGUGAAGAG